CCUCAUCCCAGAGCAGAGAAUGGACUCUGCCUUGUCCAGCACAAGUUAAAAAACAAGCCCCAGACUGGGCUGGUUGGUGCUUUGACAUCUCGUCUCCGUGGCAGUGAUCAGCUGGCAACUGAUAAAGGACGCCCUAUUCACUGACGCGACCGCACGGGUGCUGUGGCAGGCAGCAGAGAGGCAAAAUGGCUCUUGCUUUCCUCUUGGCAGCAAUCCUGGGACUUCUUGUUGUCAAGGCUGUUUUGUUUCAGCUGAGAAACCCAAGCUCCCCUCCUUGCAUCAGGGGCUGGAUCCCUUGGUUUGGAGCUGCGUUUCAGUUCGGGAAGGCUCCUCUGGAGUUCAUAGAGCAAGCUAGAAGCAAGCAUGGGCCUGUGUUCACAAUAUUUGCUCUGGGAAAGCGGUACACUUUUGUGACUGAGGAAGAAGGAGCUGAAGUGUUUUUUAAAUCUGAAGACUUAAAUUUUGAACAGGCAGUCCAACAAGCUGUCAAGAAUGCAGUUUCUGUCCCUGCAGAAGCAUUUUAUCAGAACCACGGUAACCUCUACAGCAUGCUGAAGGGAAAAAUGGCUCCUUCUAAUCUGCAUAUGUUCACGGGCACUUUGUGUAAGGAGCUAUAUGAGCACAUGACACACCUCGGCACGGAGGGCACAGGUGACCUCAAUGACCUGGUAAGGCAUGUCAUGUAUCCAGCAGUGGUGGAAACUCUGUUUGGGAAAGGCAUCUGCCCAACAGGUCAGAGUGAAAUCAAGGAGUUUGAAGAACAUUUUCAGAAGUAUGAUGAGGACUUUGAAUACGCUUCUCAGAUGCCCGAAUGCUUCUUGAGGAACUGGUCUAAAUCCAAAACAUGGCUUCUAAAAUUAUUUGAGAAAGUAGUGUUGGAUGCUGAAAGGACCAACCCUUCAGAGACCACAUCCAAGACGUUACUGCAACAUCUCCUGGAUAACUUGCAAGGAAGACACCUAGCUCCCAAUUACAGUCUUCUAAUGCUCUGGGCUUCCCAAGCAAAUGCUAUUCCCAUUGCCUUUUGGACCCUUGUUUUCAUACUCACUUAUCCUUCCAUUUACAAGAAAAUCAUGGAAGACCUGGCUUCUGUUUUUGGCAAAGCAGGUAAAGAUAAAAUAGAUGUCUCUGAAGAGGACCUUAAGAAGCUCCCUUUUAUGAAAUGGUGCACUUUGGAAGCCAUCAGGCUGAGGUCUCCAGGUGCAAUCACCAAGAAAGUAGUAAACCCAGUAAGAAUUCAGAAUUUCAUCAUCCCUGCAGGUGACAUGCUGAUGUUGUCACCAUACUGGUUGCACAGGAAUCCAAAAUACUUUCCUGACCCAGAAAUGUUCAAACCUGAUCGUUGGAAAGAGGCAAAUUUAGAGAAGAAUGCUUUCUUGGACAGCUUUGUGGCAUUCGGAGGAGGGAAGCAUCAGUGUCCAGGAAGGUGGUUUGCCAUCAUGGAAAUCCAGCUGUUCAUUGUGCUGUUCCUAUACAGAUAUGAAUUUGUGCUUUUGGAUGCAGUACCAAAGGAGAGCCCCUUACAUUUGGUGGGGACGCAGCAACCCAUGGCACCAUUCCGGGUCCAGUAUAAAUGCCGGGAAUGAAAGCUACUGAGCUGCUUCCCUGUCCUACAUCUUCAGAUAGGUUCUCUACCUUAACAGUUCUUAAUUUCAACUUU